AUGCCUUCGAAGAAGAAAGAAAUGCCCUACUCAUGGGAGUACGUCGUCGAAGCGAAUCAUCACGGCACUAUUGAAGACCUCGACCUUGCUCUUCUUGCUGCUUUUGAGGAGUCAGAAGAAGCAUACAACAUAUGUGUCACCUCUGCUCGUGCAAACGCAUCAGUAAAAAAUAGAGCGGAUCAUAUGCAAUACUUGCUUGAUGAAGGUCAUAUCGACAUAAACAAGAUAGGUGCUGCGUCAGUCACCUCUACCAGCUUCGAAUCGUCUCCCAAAGAACUCGCAGCCAUGUUGGUCUCUCGAGGUUGGGACAUCAACCAACGACAGCCUAUACAUAGAACAUACAACUUUCCAGCAAACACGGAGUCCAACAAANAGCUGAUUCAGCUCGUUUGUCGUGAUGAGGAAAUGGUCCGUUGGUGCUUGGACCAUGGAGCACUUGUUGACGAAACAGAUGAAACUUUACUUGCAGAUGUUGCGUCGUUUGGUAGCCCCGACACUUUCAGACUCUUGCGUGACCAUGGAGCACCAAUCAGCGAGUCGACUCUGGAGAACGCUGCCUGGCGUGCCAGACCUGAGAUGGUCACCUUCCUUGUAGAUGAAGUUGGGUUGGAUAUCAACAAGGUAUACAAUGGACGACAUGAGCCAAUGCUUAAAGAGCAAACACCGAUAUGCUCUGCGGCAAUCUCUCCAUUUAGAGACGCUGGGAGAGUCAUCGAAAUCCUGCUCGAGCGAGGAGCUGACCCUAACCACAAGGACUGUGACGCUUUCAGCAUGGCANAAAGCGAUCUGACUAUCGGGGUUCUUCGCAAAUGGGAAAGAAGCCAGGAAGAGAAAGAUCGCGAAGGACCAAGAAAAAAGAAGCAAAAGACUGCUCCUGUCGGUUCGACAUCUUCCAAGAAAAGUGGCUAG